UCUCCUUCCUUUCUCUCUCCCUCCCCGCCCCGUGCGGCCCCGCCCCGGCCGCCAUGUUGCGGCGGCAGCGGGAGCGGCGGCGGCAGCGCACGGAGCAUGCACAGCGCGGAGCAGCGUCCCGCGGACGCGCACCCUGGCCAGUGGGUGCUCAUUGCACCAGAGGCUGCUACUGACCCCCCUAAGACAUCUGACAGCGAACCUUUGUUUACAAAACUACGCAAUCCAAGCACAGGGGAAGCAACCCUUUACUUAUUCAAUAGUGGUGCACAGCAGCUGUUUGAAGUAAAAGCUUUUCAUGAGGAAUAUCGUUCCUGGUUUAUAGGUCAGACUGUUCAACAAGAUGGGCGCCUGCUGUUUGUUACACCGAUGGACCCUUUAUUUCUGAUACUUUACUACCUCAUAAAGGCAGACAAGGAGCAGCAAGGAAAGUUCCAGCCACUUGAUCAAGUUGUAAUAGACUCAGAAUACCCUAACUGCCCAUUGCUGCUGAAGUGUGCAGAUGUUAAACAGUACAUACAUCAUGUAACAGACGAAAAAGAGAUUGGCAGUCAGAAAUUCCACAAAUACAGCCAAGAGAAGACACUGAAGUGGUUAAAGAAAAAGGUAAAUCAGACAGUGAAAGCGCUUAAAAGCAACAAUGUGUGUGUAGGUGAAAGAGUACUUGACCCUACGUUUGUCAGCAUUAAACAGAUCACAGAUACUGAAGAAGACUAUUUACGGUAUGCCCAUGGGUUAAUAUCAGAAUAUAUUCCUGAAGAUCUGAGUAAGGAGUUGUUAAAAUACUUAGGGCUCCCAGAACUUAAAAGCCCAGCAUCAGAGCCACCAUUGAAGAUGCCUGUGCAAAGACAUGCAAAGAAGAAAUGAAAGGAGCAUAAGGAGACUCACUAAUAUUACUUUAAUUUGCCAUAAUCUCAGAGCAGCUUUUAAAGGCUUUUUUUACGCACUUUCUGAAAAUACAUGCUUGAAGUUAGACAUGCCCUGUUCCAAGAAAAAGCAAAUCUCAGCAGAUUAACAUUGUUAAAUAAGCGGUGUGUUAAACAUACACUGCUUCAAAUUUUAUAGCUUAUACACUAUUGGUCUAUCAGGCCCUUCCAGGAAAGCACUUACGAGCAUGCCUAAUGUUAAGCACAUGAGCAGUGAUCUCCAAGUCAGCAGUGUUGUUCGUGUGGGUAAGUGCUUUGCUGGAUCAGCGCCUAAAGUCCUGUUAGGUGCUGAGCAUCCUGAUCCAUAUCCAGCAAAGCACUUAGAUCCACGCUUAUCUUGAAGUGGAAGAGCCGGCCUAACUAAUAUUUGUGCAUUAGUGUUCACCAUAAAAUCUCUCUUGGCACAGUGACUCACAUGCUUAAAAUUAAGCACCUGCCUAAGUAUUUAGCAAGGUAAGGCCAACGGCAUCCUUCAGCAAGUCUGAAAUAAUUACCUGGGUUUGUACAAGUUUUCUUUUUUUGUACUCGUUGCUUUUUAACAGAGUGUAUGAUUUUAGUGGCCAUAAUUACAAGUUUUAGAAGCUGUAUAGCAAAACAUCUCGUAUGCAAUUUUCUCCUUUCUUAUUCAAAACAUAGCCAAAUUCGGCAAGAUGGCCUUUCUGGACUACAAGUCCGAUGUUGAGACUUAGAAUCAUCUGAAAUGAAAAAAAAAAAGUUAACUCUGUUUUGUAGGACAUUUACAUUUAAUUUUUCUUUUUCCCUGAGUUUGAUUUUAACAGUUUUGUCCAGCCCAGACUGAUUACGCAGAACAUGUCACCCGGCUCUGCUUGUGCAGACAGUCUGACUCUUGAAGUGCUAAAGCUUGAGGUAGGAUGUGUGUUCAGAAGGGCAGAUGGAGAAGCUGUAUUUUUAUUUUACUUCUUUUUCUCUAAGGGAUUGAAUACUUAGAAAUGUAUCAAAUAACGUGCAUUUUGUCUGGAGAACUAAACCAAAAUCUAUAUAAUCCUUCAGGUUAAAAAUAAAAAAGAGACCUAUUUAUUUAUUAUUUUUUUAAUCAUGUAAGAAAUACUUUCUGUGGGGUGAACUUCCACCAAAAUGUCAACUUGAGUCUACAUAAAACAUGCAGAAAAUGGAUGCUAAUGAGAUCCUUAAGUGAUCUGUGUCAAAUGCAGUCUGAUAUUUUUAGCUUAAAUACCUUUUUAUCAAACUACCGUUGAUAUCUAACUCUUGGCUACAAAACUUUUUUAAAGUAAUAAUUGACGGGAUUUUGAGUAUAAUUACUGUGUACAUCUGUAAAUUUGAACUGUGACCCAAGUUCACAGACACCUACAGCAAAUGACCAAAAUGUUCUGUAAAGCUUGAAUAUAUUUAAAGCAUUCUAGAUAACAAGUAAAUAAAAAUUACUUCCACUCUGGCAAAUUCUGCCUAAAUUAAAGUCAAGCAAGAGCUCCAAGAAGAGUUUAUUAGGACAUUGAUUCCUAAAUUCCAAGACAAAGAGGCAAUAGAUUAUUCAACUUUCUUUUGAACUGAUUCUGAUCAACUCUUUUUCAGGAUAUGAAGAACUUGAACUGUUAAUCAUUUGGAAAUCAUGUAGGAAAGGAAAUGUAAUCGGAAUGGUUAUUUUAGAAAUUUGCACUGAAUUAUUUUUGUUACUUUUCUGCUUGUCUGGUUAAGCCAUGGGCACUGUCCCUUUUCAAGGAAAAAGUAUUUAUUUUAACAUAGUUUUCUAGGCAGUACUGCAUGAAUAUUAUAUGGGUCCAAGAUAAAAUUUAUAUUUUUCUAGCUUACAUUUUAAAAAAUGCUUGAUAUAUGAAUAAGAUUUUGUAUUUCAAUAAAUUGUGGUUCCAUUGUUUUGUAAGCUUUUAUUUUUAAUUCAUGUACAAGAAAGAAAUAAAUACUUUUGGAAUGA